CCAGGAGCCCAGCGAUACCGGCCGCAGUCGUUCGACGAGAUCGUGGGGAACACCGAAGCCGUGGACUGCCUGCGCAAGAUGGCGCGCGAGCAGUUCCUCUUCCACAUUCUGCUGUGCGGCGAGCCUGGCUCCGGCAAGACGAGCGCGAUCAAGUGCCUCGCGCGCGCGCUGCUGCGCGAGCACUACGGCAAAGCCGUGCUCGAACUGAACGCGGCGGACGACCGCGGCAUCGACGUGGUCCGCGCGAAGAUCAAGUCUUUCGCGCAAGAGAAAGUCGCGCUGCCCGGCGACUUGCCGAAAAUCGUGAUUCUCGACGAAGUCGAGGCCAUGACCGAAGGCGCGCAGCAAACGCUGCGGCGCAUCUUCGAGCUGUACAGCCACACCACGCGCUUCGCGCUCGCCUGCAACAACGCAGACAAAGUGAUCGAGCCGCUGCAGAGCCGCUGCAAUCUAGUUCGAGUUUAA